AUGAAUCGAACAAAUAAUUUCAAUCGAGAAAAACCCGAAAAUUCAUCGAUGACAACUGUCAACAUUCUCGGCCGGUUGCGUAUGGCAAAAGAGCAAGUGCAACGUGUCAAAUUAAGUCUAACCAACGAUGGCAUGCUCGAACACGUCGAAACCUUGGCUAACGUCGGCAAAGAACUUGACGGAAUCUUUUAUAAUCUCGUCGAGAUACUUUCGGACGAUACUCGUCAAAGUGAAAUCAAUAUAACAUCAAAUGAUAAUGGAGAAAUUAGCAAAUGGUUAGAGCAAACCUUCUCGUCGAAACAACAACGAACAGUAACCACAAGCGGCCGUUUUGAAUCGAUUAAAGCGAUUAUUCAAGCAUCAUCAUUUGUCAAUGCCUUACAAAGACAAAUCCGACAGCAUACGAAAGAACGUCUCGAUGUCAUGUUGGAUUUACCUGUUGAUAUAAAUAAAUUAAAUCUCUGGUCAUUUAAUAUUCUUGAAUAUCCCGAACCAAUGCUCUACACGGUUUUGUUAAUAUUUGAUGCGCAUGAUAUCAUCUCGCGUUAUCGAAUCGAUAUUGAUAUUUUGAAAAACUUCGCACGAGCAUUGACAGACGGCUAUACAAAAUUUCGUCCACCGUAUCAUAACGAUUAUCAUGGAGCUGAUGUUCUUCAAACGGCACAUUGUUUAUUGAUCAAAAGCAGUCUAUUGCAUGUUUUUGCACAUACAGAGAUAACCGCAUUGUUAUUUGCUGCAGCAAUUCAUGAUUACGAACAUCCGGGUUUGAAUAAUAGUUAUUUAAUUCGAACAAGAAGUGAUCUCGCGUUGAUUUAUAAUGAUUCUAGUGUUUUAGAAAACCAUCAUUCCAGCGCAGUAUUCAAAUUGUUACGUGAAAAACGUUUUAACAUUUGGUCAAAUAUGAACGUCGAUGAAUACCGAACGUUUCGUUCUCUGGUCAUCUCACUUGUUCUGGCGACUGAUAUGGCUAAUCAUGCAUCACUUGUUGAACGUAUGUCUACAUACUUCUUCUUUAAAGAAACAAAUGCGACGACAACGGCAACCGAUUCGAAAACUUUAUUACAAACUUUAUUGCAUGCAGCUGAUAUAUCAAAUGCAGCAAAACCUUGGCCUAUUUACGUUCAAUCGGCAGAAAAGGUCAUGGAAGAGUUUUUUAUGCAAGGUGAUCUAGAAAAAAUCCAUUGUGAUGAUAACAAAUCAACAUUCGAUCGUGAAACGACUGACAUUGCUCAUUUACAGAUUGGAUUUAUCUCACAUAUUGUCUAUCCGACUUUUGAUGUUCUAUCCAAAGUGCUUCAAAUGGAUUCCCUUGAUGAUAAUUCGAAAUUAACAGCAGCAAAAUCAUCGAGUUCAUCUCCAUGGCAGUUUGAUUUACAAUUGAAUCUGGAAACAUGGCGAGAAGUAGUGAAAAAUGGCGACGUACAACGUGCUAUCGUGCAAAAAAAGCCAUUAAAAUUAAACUUUGAAUAUUUAGAAAUCUAUGUAGAAAAAGCAAAGAAUUAUCUAAAGAAACGUUCACAGCAAGAUGUUUUACUCAGUUGA